GUUAAUUGGAGCUCCUGGUUUUCAAGAUCCAGUGGGCGGAGCCUCAGAGUAUCCAAUCGGGGCUCAAGGCGGGGCCUGACGCUCAUCCAAUCAGGCGCCUGCCCAGCGUUCUCGCGGGAUUUUAGUUUUCCACAGUCUUCUGGAGGUUUCGCGUCGCUGCUAGCAGUGGGCGGGGCUGGUCCGGCCCGCCAUUGUAGCUCGGUGAGCUCCUCGGGCUCAGGACAGUUGAGGAGGACACCGGACCCCCGACACGCGGACACACGGACACCGCAAUCAGGAAACGAUGCCUAGAAGGCAGCGUCUCACAACCACAUCUCUAAGCCAGCCUUGGCGGCGCACACAGCACUCAGGAGGCUGAAGCAGGAAGAGGCUUGUUAACAGAGAACUUCCAAAUGGAUGCAAAUUACUUUCUACCAUCCUGUGUCAUGACAUGAUGCCCUAAGAAAUGACAGACUGAGUGCAGGACGGUGGCCAUUGCAGCUAGGGUUCUGUGGUUCAUCAUGACCCCUCCCUGCACUAAAGCCACCGCUAAGGUGACCAGUAAGCGGCCCCGUCGGGUGAUUGACCUGGAAACAAAAUUAAAACUGAUUCAGGACUAUGAAGGCGGGAAACCAGUGAUGGUCAUCGCCCGCCAGUCAGGCAUGUCGCAUUCCACCAUCGCUACCAUUUUGAAGAACAGGAAGAAGGUGACAGAAGCCCUGAGAGGCUCUGCCUCCCUGAAGGCCACAAGGCUGACAAAGAUCCGUGAGGGCCCCAUAUCGGACAUGGAGAAGCUGCUGAUGACCUGGAUCGAGGAUCAGACACGGCAGCGCGUCCACCUCAGCACCAUGAUGAUCACAGCUAAAGCAAAGAGUCUGUUCGCGAUGCUGAAGGAAAAGGCUGGGCCAGGCUACAACGUGGAAUUCAGCGCCAGCUCUGGGUGGUUGAAACGAUUCAAGAACCGCUACUCGCUACAGGACACCAAAGUGGGCGCCAAUGUCUCGAAAGAACGUAUGCCCAGCACCUGGAAGAAAACACUGCGAAGGUUCGUGCAUGACUUCAGAGGGCUGGAGGCAGAGGAAGAGGAGGUGGCGCAGGUGAACAAGGCUAUGGCUGAGGUGGUAACUAGCAGCUUUCCCCUGGCUGCAGAUGAGGACACCAGCGAGGAACUGAUGGAGAUGGCACCCAAAGAACUGGCCCAUGAGGAGUUGCUGGGACAGGGGUACAAGGUCAAAGAAGAGGCCAGAGAAAUGAAAAGCAAAGGGGAGGACAGAGAAACAGCACCAAGAAGGUUCACGGUGACGGGCCUAGCGGAGGCCUUCUCAGACCUCAACCGGCUCCUUAAGAAGUUUCAGAGCAUGGAUCCCAACCCUGAGAGGUUCUCAUCAGUUGAGAGGGGUGUCCGGGGUGCGCUGUCUGCUUAUGAGCAAAUUUAUGAUGCCAAAAGGAAACAGAAAAGCAGGGACAGAGUUCUGAAUGGAGUGAUUCCUCUGGGUGAGCUCCAGGCAGGUUCCUCAGGACCUAUCCCAAAAAGUGGCAUUCUCGUCAUCGCUGAUGAUGGCACCAUGCGUGUCAUCAGCCCCAAGGACCUUGCCAUGGGACGCAAUGGGGAGGAUAGUAGUGAUGUCAAUGACCCUGACCCUGUGUAAGCCUGCCUUGUGUGUCAGUUUUUGUAAUGAGAAGUUUGAGUUAUUUUUAAAUUAAAAAAAAAAAGAGCCAGCUGCAGUGGUGCACACUUGUCAUUCCAGCACUCAGGAGGCUGAGGCAGGAGGAUUACUCAGAGUUCAAGGCCAGCCUCAACUACAGAGCAAGGUCUUGUCUCAAAAAACAAUAACAAACAAAAAAAGGUUAUAGAAUUGUAGGGAUGUAGCUCAGAGCACUUGCCUAGCAUGUGCGAGGCCCUAGGCUCAAUCCCCAGCACUGAAAGAAAGGAGAAAAACUAUUUUUGUCUAGUUACAGAUAUUCCCCGUUUAAUGACAGUUAAUACAGCCAAGAGCACUGUGCAGACUGUGCCAGCUGGUCGGACUUAAUGACGCAGUAAUGUGAGCAGCAGUGUGGUUGUAGGGUGGCUUCUGCAGUACGGUGCUGUGAUUUUUCCCAGUUGUACUGUACAGUACCACACUAGUUUUGUUUCACAUUGUAGGGCUGCAUGUAAAAGUUACGCAAAUAAAUGUAAAGUCCUCAGGUUGGA